AUGACAACUGUGACGCACGAUGACUAUACAGUCGCAUGGAUAUGUGCCUUGCCGCUGGAAGCAGCAGCGGCCCGCAGUAUGCUAGACAGAACCCACAGUCUGCUACCUAGACCUUCCACUGAUUCGAAUGCCUACCACCUUGGUGAACUAAACGGCCACUAUGUUGUGAUUGCCAGCCUACCAACCGGUAUAUACGGCAAAGUGUCUGCCGCAACCGUUGUAUCUCGCAUGCGCUCGACCUUUCCUCAGCUUCAGUAUGGAUUGAUGGUGGGGAUCGGAGGCGGAGUCCCGGACAAAAGUCAUGACAUUCGAUUAGGCGACGUAGUGGUCAGCAAACCAGCUGGGAAGCACAGCGGAGUAAUCCAGUAUGAUUAUGGCAAGGCGAUUCAGGACGGCCAGUUUGAGUCAACAGGAACCUUGAACAAACCACCACAGGUGCUUCUGACACAUAUGAGUCAACUAGAGGCAAGACAAAUGACUGACGGUGAAGACGCUCUUUGUCAUAUAGUGGACGAAGCCCUGAUGCAAAACCCUCAUAUGCAAGAACGAUUUUCACCUCCAGACCAGCAUACGGACUAUUUAUUUCGUUCCUCCUAUCAUCAUGGCGCUGGUGAGGAUGGCUGUGAAAAAUGCAACAAAGAAGAGUUAUAUAAGCGACAACCACGAAAGACGAGAACACCUCAAAUCCACUAUGGGUUGAUUGCGUCGGGAGAUCAGGUGAUGAAGGACUCGGAAACACGAGACCGCCUAGCACAGCAGUAUAGGAUCCUCUGCUUUGAAAUGGAGGCGGCCGGGCUGAUGGAUGAGCUUCCAACGCUUGUGAUCCGAGGGAUAUGCGAUUAUUGCGACUCUCAUAAACAGAAACAGUGGCAAGGAUAUGCAGCGUUGACCGCGGCUGCUUAUGCAAAAUUGUUGCUAUUGGCCAUUCCUGUUAGCCGUUCAGAUGCCAACUUAAUGAACAACAAGAAGAUGAGGCACUGGAUAGUACCGCUCGCAAGGAAUCCCAAGUUUGUCGGGCGUCAGGAUGAGAUCACAAGACUGGAAGAAUUAAUUACAAUGCAAGACGGUCCUAGGAAAAUCGCUGUCACCGGGCUAGGCGGGGUCGGGAAGACCCAAGUGGCCCUGGAGCUCGCACACCGCAUCCGGGACCGAGAUAAGGAGUGCUCAGUCUUCUGGAUCCCCUGUACCAGCUAUGCCAUAAUUGAGCAGAUGUUCCUGCACAUUGCACAGAUACUCGGACUUCGUGAUGUGAAUCCGGCAGAGGUCAAAGAACAGGUUAAGAGCCACCUCAGCUCUAAGCGUGCAGGAAAAUGGCUUCUUGUUUUUGAUAAUGCAGACGAUGCAGAGAUGUGGUUCGCCGCCAGUCACACAGCUCCACCUCUUGAAGAUUUUAUCCCUGAGAGUGAGCACGGCUGGAUUCUGUUCACCACCCGAAACCGAAAACUCGCCAUGAAGCUGGCACCAUUUAAUAUUGUUUCCAUUCCAGAUGUGGAUAAAGAAAUGGCAGUCAGAAUCUUAGACAAGACAUUGGCACACGAGGACUUGCUAAGAGAUACUACCACAACCGCUGCUCUCCUUGAACAACUGGCCUUUCUCCCUUUAGCAAUAACGCAGGCAUCAGCAUAUAUCAUUGAAAACGGUAUCGAUUUGUUAACCUACCUGGCACUUCUCCAAGAGCAGGAACGAGAUGCUAUCGAACUCCUAAGCGAAGACUUUAGGGAUCCCGGACGCUAUAAGGAUAUUCAGAAUCCCGUGAUCACCACCUGGUUAAUAUCAUUCAAACAGAUCCAGCAGCAAGAUCAAUUGGCUGCUGACUAUUUAUCUUUCAUGGCCUGUAUCGACCCUCGAAACAUUCCCCAGUCACUGCUUCCUCAGCCCGCAUCAAGAAAGCAGAAAUUCGAUGCUUUAGGGCUUUUAAAUGCAUACUCGUUUACGAAUAGCCAAAACAUGGAUAUCAAUAUGCACCGACUUGUCCAUAUUGCGACCCGAAACUGGCUCAGGAAGAAUGCGUUAUUCAGUCACUGGAUCAACAGGGUGGCUGAUCAUAUGCAGAAUGUAUUUCCAGAUAAUCAUUACACUAAACGAGGACUUUGGCGGGAAUACCUUCCUCACGCUUUAGCAGUUGUGCAUGAAAAUGAAUUUGUGGUACAGGAGAACAAUUACUUGAGUUUGAAUGGAAAGGUCGCAGAUUGCCUUGCCAGUGAUGGAAGAUAUCAAGAAGCAGAGUUGCUUUAUAAGAAACUGAUGACAAUCAACCAGGAGAAAGCUGGCGCAAAGCAUCCCUCCACUCUUACCAGCAUGGCGAACCUGGCAUCAACCUACCGGAAUCAAGGUCGAUGGAAUGAAGCUGAGAAGCUGGAGGUGCAAGUAAUGGAGACAUCUAAGACCGUGCUGGGAGCGGAGCAUCCUGACACUCUGACCAGCAUAGCGAACCUGGCAUUAACCUACUGGAAUCAGGGUCGAUGGAAUGAAGCUGAGAAGCUGUUUAUGCAAGUAAUGGAGACAUUUAAGACCGUACUAGGAGCGGAGCAUCCCAACACUCUGACCAGCAUGGCGAACCUGGCAUCAACCUACCGGAAUCAAGGUCGAUGGAAUGAAGCUGAGAAGCUGUUUAUGCAAGUAAUGGAGACAUUUAAGACCGUUCUAGGAGCAGAGCAUCCCGACACUCUGACUAGUAUGGCGAACCUGGCAUCAACCUACUGGAAUCAGGGUCGAUGGAAUGAAGCUGAGAAGCUGGAGGUGCAAGUAAUGGAGACAUCUAAGACCGUGCUGGGAGCGGAGCAUCCUGACACUCUGACCAGCAUGGCGAACCUGGCUUAUACUUGGAAAUCUCAGGGGAAAAUACAAGAUGCAUUAGCUCUGAUGAAACAAUGCUCUCAUUUGAGAAACAAAGUGUUAGGGUCCAGCCACCCGCAAUCUAUGUCAUCCUCUCGUUCUCUUAAUGAUUGGAUGGAUGAGUAUAAUUUUGGUGCCGCCAUAUUUUCAGCAUACAGCUGGACAAAACACAACUCAUAUGAGUAG